GCCGUCAGCUGUCAGUUUGUCAGUAAAAAAAGUAAAUAGGUUGUGGAUGUGGAAAUUAACGCCGUAGUUAAAACUUUCACCGAUAUUUAUAAAUUCGUGUAUAUUUUGUGUUUCUAAUUUAACGACAGAAUAUAAAUAAGUAGUAUGCUAUACUUCUAGUUCAAUAACCGACAAGUUUCUGUCAUUAUUCUACUGUUUAAAAAUAAAUUCGUGGAAAGUUAUCAAAGUGUAAAAAUGGCUCUAAAGAAUAAACUUUUAAAGGACGAACAUUUAAUUACUGUAAUGUUGUGUGCCCUUGCAAUACCUUUGUCGAUGUCAAUGUGGAUUACCAAUUUAGUUUAUUCUAAAUUCCUAACAAAGAAUGAAGGUUUUGAUGAACCGGUAGUGAUUUCCCCUGCGAGAUGGCUGGCGUCUUGUCUUAUACCACUCAUAAUAGCUGUCCAUGGAUACAGGAAAAAAAGUAUAACUUUAAACGGAGCAGUGCUUGGCUGUGUGUUUGCUUUUGUAUUAACAUUGAGCAACUAUUCCUUUCUGGUCUGCUUGAUGACCUUCUUCAUAUCUUCAUCAAAGGCCACCAAAAUCCGGCCACAUAUCAAAAGGAAGUUUGAGGAGGAUUUCAAAGAAGGUGGACAGAGGAAUUGGGUGCAAGUACUUUGUAAUGCAGGCAUGGCUACUCAACUGGCUCUACUAUACUUAUUGGAUGUAGGAGCGUGUGAGCUACCUAUUGACUUUGUUAGUGAUUACAGAGCCUCCUGGCUUUCUAUAGGAGUUCUUGGUGUAUUCUCAUGUUGCAAUGGUGACACUUGGGCAUCUGAACUUGGAACUGUAUUCUCAGACUCAGAUCCCUAUCUAGUCACUACUUUUAAAAAGGUGCCAAAAGGAACAAAUGGAGGAAUCAGCGUUAUGGGGACACUGUUUAGCACUGUAGGAGGUCUUGUUAUAGGGUUGUCCCAAUAUUUAACUAUCUACUACUUCUCUGAAAGGUCUUUAUGGACUUAUGCCCCUCCCCAGUGGCCUAUCAUUUUCUUUGGAGCUUUUGCAGGAUUUUUGGGAAGUUUAAUAGAUUCUUUGAUGGGAGCAACUUUGCAAUACUCAGGUUUAGACAAAGAUGGAAAAAUUGUAUCACACUCUAGUCUCACAGUGAAACAUAUCAGUGGCAGAAAUAUCUUAGACAACCAUAGUGUUAAUCUCAUAUCAACAGUGAUCAUGGGACUACUGAUGCCAACACUGUGCAAGAGCUUAUGGCCUCUCUUCUAACUAAUAUUUAUGUAUAGAAUUUUAACUAAUAAGUGAUUGAUGUAAUUUUGAUAGGGGUGUAAAAUCGUAGAUUGAAUGGGAAUUUUAUAUACUUUGUGAAGUUUAAAAUGUCAAUUAAUUUUAUAUGAAUGUUUUUUAUAUUUAUGGCAGCUUAUUAACAUAAUAAGCAAAAUAUAUUGCCUUUGUUUCAAAAUAUGUAUGAAUAUGAACUAUAAAGAGUUUUAUCGUGUUAGUGGGUUAUUUAGGCAGUCACUUCAUGUACUUACUGGCGUUGAAUGAAUGGCCAAUAAUUUAAAUUGUGUUUGAAAUUGUACCUAUACAUUGUCUUGUUAAUAUUAAAUGUUAUUUGGUUUAUACAUUUUACUAGAA